UGCGUUCAUUUAAAUAAAAGGAAAUUCAAAUGUAAUGAAGAAAAUUGCGGCAAAAAAUUUACAACAAAGGGACAAUUAAUUGUACACAAAGUAAUACAUUCGGGAGAAAAACUUUUUAUUUGUGAAUUUAAAAAUUGUAACAAAAGCUUCAAACAAACUGCUAAUCUAUGGCGACAUAAACAGAGAUUUCAUUUAAAUAUCCGGAAAUUCAAAUGCACUUCAAGUGAUUGCGACAAAACUUUUAGUCAGAAAUAUGAAUUAAUAAAUCAUACAAAACGUAUUCAUUUAAAUGAUAAGCCAUUCAAAUGUAUUGAAUAUAAUUGUCACAAAUCAUAUGCAGUUAAAGACGGUUGUGUUCAUUUGAAUAAAAAGAAAUUCAAAUGUAAUGAAGAAAAUUGUGGCAAAAAAUUCAAGCGUAUGUCAUAUGCUAUUGUUCACAAACGCAUUCAUUCGGGAGAAAAGCUAUUUGUUUGUAAUUUCAAUGAUUGUAACAAAACAUUUAGUGAUUCCUCGAGUCUAUGGAAUCACAAAAGAAGAAUUCACACAAAUAUACGGAAAUAUAAAUGUCUUUCAAAUGAUUGCGAUAAAUGUUUUAUUACUAAAAAUUUAUUAACAGAUCACAUGAAUGCCAAACAUUUAAAUAUAAAUCCAUUUAAAUGUCAUGUGAAUAAUUGUCACAAAUCCUAUCAUAGUAAAAGAGGAUUAAAUAGACACAUAAAAUCAAAACAU